AUGUCUGAUUCAACGCCCACUAUCAACUUUAUUAAUUUUAAUCAAACCGGAACAUGUAUAUCCCUUGGGACAUCAAGAGGGUUCAAGAUAUUCAAUUGUGAGCCCUUUGGUAAAUUUUACUCGGAAGACAGUGGUGGUUAUGCUAUCGUCGAGAUGCUUUUCUCCACGUCGUUGUUGGCCCUUGUUGGCAUAGGUGACCAACCUGCGCUUUCGCCAAGGAGGUUGCGUAUAAUAAAUACAAAGAAACACUCCGUUAUUUGUGAGGUAACCUUUCCAACGUCUAUAUUGAGUGUCAAGAUGAACAAAUCUCGAUUGGUGGUGCUCUUGCAGGAGCAGAUUUAUAUUUAUGACAUUAAUACUAUGAGAUUAUUGCAUACUAUAGAAACAAACUCCAACCCACGUGGCCUUAUGGCCAUGUCCCCUUCAGUCGCUAAUAGCUACUUAGUGUACCCAUCGCCACCGAAGGUAAUUAACUCCGAAAUAAAGGCACAUGCCACUACAAAUAAUAUCACACUAUCAGUGGGUGGCAACACAGAGGCUGGUUUCAAGAGAGAUCAGCAGGACAACUGCAACGAUGACAUCAAUGACUCGGAUCAGUAUUCAAGUUUUACAAAAAGAGAUGAUGCUGACCCAGCAAGCAACAACGGCGGUAAAAGUAGCAUAAUAAAGAAUGGGGACGUGAUUGUGUUCAACUUGGAGACUUUACAACCCACAAUGGUCAUCGAAGCUCACAAGGGAGAAAUUGCUGCAAUGGCGACUAGUUUCGAUGGGACGUUAAUGGCCACAGCUUCUGAUAAAGGAACCAUCAUCAGAGUGUUUGAUAUCGAAACGGGUGCUAAGAUCUAUCAAUUUAGAAGAGGUACGUACGCGACAAGGAUCUACUCCAUAUCAUUCAGUGAAGACAACCACUACUUGGCGGUUACAGGUUCCUCCAAAACCGUGCAUAUCUUUAAACUGGGACACUCGAUGGGCAGCAACAGAUUGGACAGCGAUGAGAGCAACAUGGAAGAAGUCACAGCUGAUGACUCGUCGUUGGACACUAACAGUUUCGACGCAUUAAGUGACGAGGAAAACUCAACAAGACUGGCAAGAGAACCGUACGUGGACGCGUCAAGAAAGACGAUGGGUCGGAUGAUACGCUACUCUUCUCAGAAGCUAUCCCGAAGAGCCGCCAGAACACUGGGACAAAUCUUCCCCAUCAAAGUCACCUCACUCUUGGAAUCCUCGCGGCAUUUCGCGUCUUUGAAACUCCCCAUUGAGACGAAUUCCCAUGUGAUGACCAUAUCUAGUAUAGGCUCUCCUAUAGAUAUAGACACGUCAGAAUACCCGGAACUUUUCGAAACAGGCAGUUCCGUAGGUACAGAGCCCCAUCGCGACCCCAUAAUGAAGAUGAUUCCCAUCAGAGUUGUUUCGUCGGACGGUUACCUGUACAACUUCGUCAUGGACCCCGAAAGAGGCGGUGAUUGCUUAAUACUUUCGCAAUACUCUAUUUUGAUGGAUUAA